AUGUAUCACAAAAUCAUCACUGCCAUCGUCAUGGUCGCCCUAGCUUGGAGCACUGAGGCCCGUGUUUCUUUGCUGGACAAAUUCAAUUACAUUGCCGGUCAGAGUCAAUAUGCCAACCAAAUCUAUGCACAACUGCAGUUACCCUUCUCCCUGGAUACAGUAAUGGCUUCAAGUAUGGAAAUUGCCAUGGAGAAUUGUCAAUCAGCUUUCAAAUGGGAUCGUUGGAAUUGUCCCUCAUCGGAUUUCAUACUCAGACGCACUUCGAAAUCACCUCUAAUGGAUCGGGAAGAUGCCUAUGUCAAUGCCAUUUCAACUGCAGCUUUGUUAUACACCAUCACCAAGAACUGUUCCAGUGGCAUUAUAGCAGGAUGUGGUUCUUGCUCCGAUAGUGCCUAUACCACCCAGUGUUCGGACAAUCCCCAAGCGGCAGAAAAACUUUUCAAAAAGCAUUUAAAAUCCGACUUUUCAAAUGAAUUCUAUGGCAAGCUAUUUCAGCAGAAUUACAAAGCCAUUACCAACCUACUGCAGAAAUCUCUUACCAAAAAAUGUGUUUGUGCUGUAAUGGGUCCCGGUGGAGUCUGCGCCAAUGAAAUUUGCCUGGAUACUCUUAAACCUUUUGAGGAAAUCGCCAAGGACAUUCGACAGAUGUACGACGAAGGCCUGGAGCUAAGCAAUACCCCCGAAAAUUCCCGUAUUAUGUGGGAGAAUAUUCCUCUAGACGUUUUGGUCUAUAUGAACGAUUCUCCAAACUAUUGUGAGCCCGAUGCUGUACCUCUCUGGAAUGGCAUGCGUGGUCGCCAAUGUUCAAUGGCUAACAAUGGUGAGGCGCUUUCGGAAGAGGACAGUCUAAGGUGCCGUCACCUUUGCAGCGAAUGCGGCUACAGUGUGGAAACUCAAAGUGUAAUGACCGAAACUCGUUGCAAUUGCAAAUUCACCUGGGGCUUCCAAGUCCAAUGCGAAAUGUGUGUAACAGUCCAAAAGCUCCACUAUUGUUAUUAA